AUGGAGAAAGUUUCAUCGCCGUCUUCUUCACGGAGGUCUGCUUAUCUGGAAGCUCUUACACAGGAGAUUAAGAAGAAGCUUACACGGGCUGUUGUAUCUCCAGCACAAACACGCAACUUGCUGCAGGACUUAUUUGCUGAUAUAGCCCUCGAAGUCGACGAACGAGCUAAAGAUGUGAUCCUUAGCAAAGAAGAGGAUGUGAUUUCGUCUGAUGAAGCAGAUGCUGAUGGUCCGUUAUGUUUCUUCGACGUCCUCGCUGAUUAUUAUGUGAACGUGUCUGAGAGAGGCAAGGAUAUACUUGAUUUGAUUGUGCAGCUGUGGAGUCAGUCCUUUGCGUCACACAUAUUCUCUCUGCUGUUCCAUAAAUGGCUGUUUGAGGUUCAACUUGACAAUAAAGCGAUACUCCUGCGGUAUUCUUCUGCCCUGGUGCAGGGAGCAACAAAUGUAUUCUGGAUAGAUAUCCAGACAAAUACAAGGCGUUUCCAAACUCUCUUUCGGUAUCUUCUUGAGGAAGUUGCUUUGGAGCCAAUCAGAUUGAAAAAAAUUCCCAUUCAGGCUCAGAGGGAACUGUAUCUCUUGCUCUCGAGGUUCAUUUUCUUUUACAAUUCAGUGGAUAAACUUGAUAGCUUCUUGAGGAACUUCCCGGAGUUUCCAAAUGCUUUUUUGGUUGGAGGACCCGGAGAUUUCCUUGUUAUCGAACUUACUGAUCAGCUGCAAAAGCUGAAGGUGGAACCAGUGCUGCUACACUAUCUUUCUCAAAUGAAGAUUCUUCAAGGUAUGGAACUGAGAAUGACAACUAGCACGAGGUUAAAGGCGUGUUUGUACAGUUUUACCUCUCCUGGAGGUCCAAUGUACCCAACCAGAGCUGUCCGUCAUGCAGCCUGGGAUGCUUUGGAUUCCUUAUUUCCGGUUGGGCGUUAUCCGAGGCAUCUCAUAAGUCUAUUUUUCAGGCUGCUAUAUCCGUGGUACUGGCCAUCCUCGUGUUGGAACUUUGUGGUUUCUUGCAUCAAGGCGGUUCUCUACUCUAUCGUAACGCUCAUCUUUUCACGGCGAGAAAAGCCAAGGCAGAGCUGA